UCAGCCGCAAAUCUGUGAGCUCGCGACCUCCCUCCAUUGGGAAAGAGAGCUAGUUCUAGCCCGAAAAAAGGGGAGAAAAUACGGGCAACCAUGGAUCGUAGCUAGUUAGCUGAGGGGGGAAAGCAUGAUAAAUUUCCAUUUGAGGGACUCCUUCUCUUGGACUACCCGGUGCGUGUUCUGUUUUGGCGACGGGGAAAUAAAAUGAAACGAGGACCGGGAUUUGGGAGCAACACUUGCUUGCGAAACAGCCAGUAGAAUUUUCUUUAGCGGGCUAAGUUGCUAGCUCGUGAAGAAGCGGUGGUAAACUUCGUAAUGAGCAAUUGCUACCAUUGGAAUUGUCGGAACCCCACCUCAAUUGUUUUGUGUUUUUAGAAAUGGGAUUCUUUUAUCUUCCCCGUGGACUCUGAAAUUUCAGCCCUUGGUUUUACACGUCAAGAGAUUCUGUAUGUGCUUUGUUUACGCCUUGCUUGGUAACAGUAUUGAUUACAAACUAGCUAUUUAAUCGCUCCCACUGGCUUUGUGGAUGCAGGCCAUGGACUACGCAUAAAACAGACAAGGUAGCUAGCUUACUGGCUAGCUAUCGAUAACUGGUAAAUAUAGCUUACACAUACAUACAUUUUGGAGCGAGGUCUUGCAGCGAUUUUGUUUUAAAGAAACAGCGGAUCACUGUAAACCCGUGGUUUGGAUCAUGCAUGGGAUCGGAAAGCGCUUCCUUCUGAUGGGAUAAAAACAGCCUUACAAUAUAUUAACGGAGUGUUUCAAUCAAGGCUGUUUGAACAAUCAAAUAUCGAGUCAUUGGAAGAAAAGGAAAUCUACAAUGUCGGCCGCAAAAGAGAAUCCCUGUCGGAAAUUCCAAGCCAACAUUUUUAAUAAAAGCAAAUGUCAAAACUGCUUUAAGCCUCGCGAGCUGCAUCUGUUGACGGACCAAGAUCUUAACCAGGCCAAACCUAUUUAUGGCGGAUGGCUGUGUUUGGCUCCGGAGGGAACAGACUUCGACAAUCCUAUGCAAAGAUCACGGAAAUGGCAGCGGCGUUUCUUUGUGCUCUACGAACACGGAUGCCUACGCUUCGCCCUGGACGAAUCGCCGAGCACGCUGCCGCAGGGGACGGUCAACAUGAACCUGUGUACGGACGUCAUCGACGCUGAGCCCAAGACGGGCCAGAAGAACUCGCUCUGCAUCAUCACGCCCGAGCAGGAGUACUUCAUACGAGGAGACAACAAGGAGAUCAUCAACGGGUGGAGUGAGCAGCUGGUUGUGUAUCCGCGCACCAACAAGCAGAACCAGAAGAAGAAACGCAAGGUGGAGCCGGCCACCUCCCAGGAGCCCGGUCCAGCCAAAGUGGCAGUUACAGGUUCCGGAAUCCCGGAGGCGGAGAAGGUUCCGGACUCCAGUUCCAUCAUCUGGCAGGAGGAGCUGCAGAGUCGCGAGGCGGACGUGGGCCAGGUCUGGGCCGCGGCUGAGAUGGCGCCCUUAGGAUCACCACCUGCAGGCGAGGGUUCUCUGGUGGGCCGCGGGUCGGACCAGGGCUCGGUGAACGGCGACGAGCUGGACCGCAGCCCCUUCCUCCCCUCCCUGGCCAUGGCGGCCUCCUCGCCCUCCCACGAGCUCCUCUCCCCCACCGGCAGCUCCUCCAGUCGGCAUAGCUACGGUGGUGGUGAGGCCUUCGGUGGAGGUGGUGGUGGUGGUGGAGGUGGAGGUGGGGUGCCCCGCUGCCUCUCCCCGGCCCCCAGCGACCCCUUCCCCUCCGGCAGCAGCCUCCUCUCCAACGGCUCCCACAUCAGCGGCUCCAUGAGCUCGCUGGACUCGGACGCCAGUGGGAGCACGGUGGCCAGCAGCGACAGCCACCCGGCGGGAGCGGGAGGAGAGGGGGCCGGGGCAGGAGGUGGCGGCGGGGGGAGGCACCGGCAUCACGGGAGGUCCAUCCACGAGACGCCGCGCUCGCGGAGAUACGAGGCGGAGGCGCGCAAGGCGGAGAAGAGGAGCAGAGCGCACAGCCCCGAGGGACAGGAGACGCUCAUGAGCCCAGAGAGGAGUGGGCGCUCCAAUGUGAUAGAGAAGCUAGAGGCUCUGGAGUUGGAGAAUACAGAGCGGAUGGAGGUGGACGAGUCAGACCGCACCGCCGCCCGCCAGGGGCGCAGCGAGAUGAGGCGCUCCAACCGAGAGGAGCAGAAGUCCAAAGCUCAGGAGUAUCAGCCUACUCCUCUGCCGCCGCUGAGGAGAGCUAAGUCACUGGACCGCAGGACCACAGAGUCCGUCAUGACACCUGACCUGCUGAACUUUAAGAAGGGUUGGAUGGUGAAGUUGGACGAACAGGGACAGUGGAAGAAGUAUUGGUUUGUGCUGACCGACCACAGCCUACGAUACUACAAGGAUUCAAUCGCAGAGGAGGCCUCAGACUUGGACGGAGAGAUAGACCUCAGUACUUGUUACAACGUUACAGAGUAUCAAGCUCAGCGGAACUAUGGCUUCCAAAUCCAUACGCAGGAGGCCGUGUACACGCUGUCGGCCAUGACAGGGGGCAUCAGGCGCAACUGGAUCCAGGCUGUCAUGAGGAACGUACGGCCCUCCACUGCACCUGACGUGGCCAGCCUUGACGACCACGCCCCUCUGGAGGGCGGCCUUCUGGCACGGCCGGACGUCACGCCUCAGGACUCACCGUCGUCCGAGGCCUCGUCCGUGGAGCGCGAACCAGGCCCCAAGAAGAGCCGGGCGCGCGAGCGGCGCCGCGAGGGACGCUCCAAGACCUUCGACUGGGCCGAGUUCCGACCCAUCGCCCAGGCGCUGGCUCAGCAGCGCAACCAGGAGAACCAGGAGAGCCGCUCCCAGCUGCAGUCGCAGGCCUCGGAGCUCAGCGACUCCGAACGAAGCCGCCGCCGAGAGGAGCGCCGACGCAGAUACGGGUCGGUCGCGGGCGCCGGUAGCGACUCCUCGCCCACGGGGAUGGACUUUGAGAGCGGCGGCAGUGGACGGCCCGGUUCUGGUUCUGGCUCGGGGUCUGGGUCUGUGACGGGGUCGCCUCCGCCUCGGCCGCAGCCGGCGUCUGUGGAGCGCCAGAGGAAGGUGGAGGACGAGAUCGAGCAGCACUGGCAGCAGGUGGAGAAGACGCCCAUACGCGAGGAGAGGCGGGUGCCACUCGCCUCCACGCUGCACGCCACACGAGACACACACGAGCUGGAGAAGCUGCUGGAGAGCUACAAGAGAGGGGUGGAGGACUUGAAGGUGCAGCUUGAGACGUGUCACCAGCAGCUGGCCGAGUCCAACGAGAAUAAACAUGAACUGGAGGACCAGCUGCGCACCGCACUGGUGCGGGAGCAAAACGUCCGCACCGGAUACAUCUCGCCGCUGGACUCCCCCCUGGGUCUUGAGGGAGAGCUUGAUCCCCAGGCGAAGAGGCCCGAACUGGUUAGUGCUCAAGCGCAGACAUUGACGCGGAAGUACCUGGAAACCAAAGAGCUCCUCCAGCUGCAGGAGCAGAAAAAGCGCAACAUGCAGGCACAGCUUGGCCUUUCUCUCGCUCACCUGCCCUCUUCACCCGCCUCCGCCAAGGAACCUUGCACACCUGGCACACCUGAGCACCAAAUGCCUGUUGCUGCCACUACUGCUGUCUUGGAGGGCCACACCUCCCCCCGCACCACUGACACUCCUGUUCUUAAAAAUGUCAGCUUCACGGUACAAGACAGUGAGGGAAAGAUUUCAGAGCUAGAGAAACUGAUAUCGGGCACGGGCAGACCUUUAACUCUCAGGGGCUUGCUGUCUUUGAUGCAGAUUCACAGCGAGUUUGGUAAGGAAAGUAUGUUAGAUAGCCAGGAAAUAUUUGAGCUGGGCACUUCCGGGGACAUUAGUAGUUGUCACAAACUUCUAGAAAACCUCAAGCAUCAGCAGGAAGUGGACAAUGAGAGCAUGAGGAAGAGCCUGGCGAUGGCUGGCGACAGCAUCCGCAACUAUGAGGCACGACUCGUCACCAUGGAGGACAUUCUGGGGCGGGUUCAGCAGCAGAAAUUGGAAAGUUUAAAGAGUCCCUUUGGGCCGGCGUGUCCGAUUGAGGACUCGAUAGAAAGCACACACAGCAGAGAUCUGUCCCAGAGGGUUGAGUUGCUAACAACAGAGAAUGAUGCACUGAAUCAGCGUUACCAGGAGAUAGUCAACCAGUUGAGGGAGGCAGACCGGGAAAUUGAUAGGCUGAAGACAGAGCUGCAGGGUGUGCAGCAGGAACAACCUGCCAAAACGUCGCCACAAACAAACGUCAAGCAAGUAGGUAGUGUAGACAGGUCUGUUGAUCGUGACUUUUAUGAAAGGGAGUUAAACGUUAAGUCUCAGAAGCUGCAGGACGCCCUUGUAAAAUUGGAUGAGGUCGGGAAAAAUUUGAGAGAGACCGAGCAGCGGCUCCAGUUGAAAGAGGCGACCUUGAGAGGUUUGGGAUUUCAGAUGGGCGACAGCGGUGAAGGUCAAGGUCACAAUAGUGAAUUACAGCUGCAAAAAGAGGAGAUGAGACUUCAGCUGGAGGUGGUUGAGGCGAAACUCAUCGAGCGGGAGCAGAGACUUCUCGUCGUGGAACAAUCCAGCCAACAGCUGCAAGCAGAGAACCAGGAACUCAAGCUAAAGAACCAAGAGAUUGAAAGGUUACUAGAUAAAGUCGAAAAGGUGACACGUGUAGGAAUGAGUGGUGGCGCAGAGAUUGAGCAGAGACGGGAUGUGUUUGAGACAAUGGAGGAGAGAGGAGAAGGGCUUACAGUGGAAAAUUCAGGAGUUGAGAAAGUGAUAGAGGAAUUUAAAGCAAAGUCAGAGGCCAUGCAGGAAUUAGUUGAGAUUUUGGGCAAAGUAGAUGAGGCAGAUGAUUUAAAGAGCACAUUGCAAUCUUUGUGUGGCGUGUGUCCUUUAGAUGAGACUGUGGACGUUAGUGAGACAGAUAGGCUGCUAAUGCAGCAGGGAGAGUUUUACAGUAAACUGCUAAGUGGAAUGAAGGGUAGUCAGUUGAACCAGGAGGGUGGAGAUGCACAUUGGACUGCAAGAGCUGUGCUAGAACAGAUGCUGCUUGAGAAAAUGGUGUUACUGAUUGUCAGUCAAUUAAGCACCAAACCAGUUGAGGACGUGCAAAUGGACACUGAAAGUAUGGACACAGGCACAAAUCAGAUUAUUGAACACGUUUCCGACUCAAAAACAUUGCUUGUAAAUGAUCUUGUACGUUCUUUGCAAAAGAAACUGCAGUGCAUGACCCAGAUUUCUUCGACCAUGGCAACAUCUCCAAAUGCACAGCUCCAGACCUUGCUAGCUGCAGUAGCCAAGUACACAGGGCCGAAGCGGCACUGGUCACAGUAUGUCCAGGAGGCCAUGAUGGAAGCACACUGCUCUUACUUGGAGUGCAAGCACAGAAGCUACCAGGCCAGAGUUGAACAAGAACUACAGUCAGAUGUCAUUAGAGACGACUGUGCUAGUUGUGUCAGGCUAAGAACUCAGAAUAAGCACCUCGCCUCCAAGGCAGACGAACUGCAAAACCUGUUGGUUCUACAGAGCCCACCACAAGUAGACGGCCAGAGUCCAGUCACGCACAUUCAGAUCGAAGGGGAGCCCCUAGACUCCCUAGAUAAGGCCAUCCAGCUGCAGGACAUGGUCGCCAAGCACAGGAAGGAGACGCGCGAGCUGAAGGAGUCCCAUGAGCAGCAAGUGUUCAGCCUAAAACAGGAGGUGGCCAAGAUGGCCGAAACUCUCCAGCUGCGCACGGAGGAGAACGUGAAGGAGAUCGACUCGCUGACCAUCUGCAUGGAGAACUUGAAGCAGAAGCACGAGCAGGAACGAAGCUCCCUGGUGGAGCAGUUUGAUUGCGAGAUGGAGGAUCUGAAGAGCAUCGUGGCUCCGCACGGCUUCCAGGAGGGCCAGGAACAAGCGGGGCCGACCCUAAAGGAGCGCGUUCAGGAGCUGGUCGCACAGGUGGCGAUCAUGACCGAGGGGAUGAAGGCUCGUGACCGCGACGGGGAGGCAACGCUGCGUCUGAAAUUCGAGAGAGACCUGGAAAACCUGAAGGCGACAUGUGAGCGUGGUUUUGCGGCGAUGGAGGAGUCCCACCAGAAGGUGAUUGACGAGCUGCAGAGGAAGCACCAGCGGGAACUGGAGAAGCUGCAGGACGAGAAGGAGAGACUGCUGGAGGAGGAGACCGCCGCCACCAUCGCUGCGAUCGAAGCGAUGAAGAACGCCCACAGGAACGAGCUGGAGAGGGAGUUGGAUAAGGCACGCAAGGCCCACAGCACCAACGAGAACGCCGACAUCGACGAGAUCCGCAGGCAGCACGAUGAGGAGUUGGUGUCGUUUCAGCGUGAGAUUGAGGUGCUCUCGGAGCAGUACUCCCAGAAGUGCCUGGAGAAUGCGCACCUGGCCCAGGCUCUGGAGGCGGAGAGGCAGGCCCUACGCCAGUGCCAGAGGGAGAACCAGGAGCUCAACGCACAUAACCAGGAGCUAAAUAACCGUCUGGCUGCUGAGAUCACAAAGAUGCGCUCCAUGACCAGUGAGGAGGGCGGGGAGACGUGCACCGUCAUCCAGGGCAAGGAGCUGUAUGAGCUCGAGGUCAUGUUGAGAGUGAAGGAGUCGGAGGUUCAGUACCUGAAACAGGAAAUCAACUCCCUGAAGGACGAGCUACAGGCGGCCCAAAGAGAUAAGAAGUAUGCCACGGACAAGUACAAGGACAUCUAUACGGAGCUGAGCAUCGUGCGUGCGAAGGCGGAGCGGGAUCUGGGACGCCUGCGAGAGCAGCUGCAGCAAGCGCAUGAGGCCCUGGGGGAACCCACGCCUGAGGAGGUUGAACGCAGCGGAUACGACAUCAUGAAGUCCAAGAGCAAUCCUGACAUCCUGAAGAUGGCGGCGGUGGCAGCGAAGCGAUCAGAGCGCACCCUGAGGUCAAAGUCUGUGAGUCGGGACAUGCCCUGGGACAGCUAAGGGGCUGCCUGAGGGACGCUCCACACUGUUGACUCCCGUCCUCUAGAGUCUAAAGGAGGGUCUGACUGCUGAGCAGAGGCUUCACUUGUUCGACAACAAGGACACUAAGGAAUUCUGACAUUGAGGCAUCAACACCCCAUCCCUUCCUCACCCAGGCCCCAGCCUCCCUGACUCCUCAACACAACCCCACCCCAAAUCCCCCCACAUCCUCCUAUGCUGCAUGAUGAGAGGGACUUGCUCCUCUCCACACACACCUCCCCCCCUUACCCUCAUCCUCACACGCACACCCUCACACACUAUAUUUUAGCCCAGUAAUUAACCAUUUAGAAACACACUGGUCACAAUGAGUCCUAUAUUAUAUACGUGCUAUGACGUUUGAAUUUUAUUGUCUAUAGAGUAUGCAUUUCAUGCACUUCUGUUACUGUGACGUUUUGUUUUUUGUUUUUUUUUGUUUUUAUUUCCAUUGCCAUGUCUUAAUGUAAAUACUGUUUUUUAAUUAAGCAUCUAUCACACAUACACUAAAAAAAAAGUUUUUUUUCUUGUGUAAGCUACUGUUUUAACCUUUUAGUUAUGUGUGAAUAGUCGAUGAAAUGCGCAAAAUGUGGAUGAAAAGAACACGAAAAGUACAGGAUGAACGAACGAACGAAUGAAUGAAUGGAUUGAAUGUUUAUGUGGAACCCCCAUUAGAAUACAAUCAUGUUGCCAGGCCUGUGUUACGCACUAUGUUAUAGGUGCAGUCAAUAUGCACAUUUUAAGGAAACCCCGAAGACUCCCUUUUUUAUUGUACAGAGCUGGCAAUGCUGUGCUGUUCACAAGGGGUCUGAGGGGAGGCACAAAACGGCUGUACCGUAUAAAGAGUUUGAAACCUGCUUAGUAGCGUAAUAUUCCAUAUUAAUCUUUGUGAGCUAUCUGACCACUUGAAACUGACUUUUGAUGGUAUCCUAUACAUACAUCCAGAAGGGCUUGACACAUGGGGAUGGAGUAUAUGUACACUAUAUUAGCAAAAGUAUUCGCUAACCUGUCCUGCUUCACACACUGUAUUACCAUCCCUCCCAUUAACUAACCCAUAGGGUUUAAUAUGAUAUCGGUUGACCGAGAUUUUAUUGAACCUUAUGGGUUAGGAAUGGAGUGGCAGUUAACUUCAUGUGACUCAAGGCAGGUUAGCAAAUACUUUUGGCAAUGUACUGUAUAUUCAAUAUAUAUAUAUGACCUCUUUAUCCGAAUAGUCACGUUAGUAUUCUUGGACUGGGAGAGUUUUUUUUCUGUUUCCCCCUCCAUCAAAGUUGAUUAUGUGUGCAGUGUUGUUCAGUGGCAGACCAAGUUAUAUUUAUUUAAAUGUCGGAUGUCGGCAAUUUAAAUUGUCUCACAUUUCCAUUCCUCUUUUUUGUAAAUAUACAGCAAAAUAUUCACCAACUGACAACAGGUUUAUUAGCAAUAAAUAUUUUUGCACCCUGCCUUUUAAUUCUCCUUUUUUUGUUUUGGUGGCAGGGCAACUGUA